CCAGGGGGUGACUUUUUCCUUUAUGGUCCCAACAUUUUCGAUUUUGAGAACACGGGGAGAAUGUCCCCCUGCACCCACAGAUAAUUCCACGGUGGAAAUGUCUGAUGCAGCAGAAGAGGAAUGGCUCGCAAGAAUCAGAGAGAUCCAGGGCGCCAUCAUGGUGGCUUCGUGCGUUCAGGUCGUUAUCGGCGCCACGGGCAUCGUUGGUAUUCUGAUAAACUUCAUCGGUCCCAUCACGGUCACAUCUGUCGUCACUCUAAUCGGUCUGGGUGUUCACAAGCCGGCCGCGGAAAAGUCAGGCAAACACUGGGGCAUUGCCGUCAUGACCAUGGUGCUCAUAGCUCUGCUCUCACAGUAUAUGCCAGAGAUUGGUGUACCGGUUUUGAGCUGCAAGUCGCAGAAGAAGUGCCACAUGACUAGAUUCAAACUCUUUAAACUGUUUCCGAUAAUUUUGGGCGUUGCUGUUGUGUGGCUAUUUUGCGUCAUACUUACUGCCAUUGGUGUGUUCCCUGACGACCCCAACGUGUAUGGAUACGCCGCCCGAACCGACCUGAACACCAUGGUUAUGGAACGUGCACCUUGGUUCAGCUUCCCGUAUCCAGGGCAAUGGGGCACGCCCACCGUGAGGCUUUCCAGUGUUCUCGGCAUGACGGCCGGCGUCUUUGCUUCCAUCGUCGAUUCCGUUGGUGAUUACUACGCAUGCGCCAGAAUGUGUGGUGCCCCACCUCCUCCCCAGCAUGCUAUUAACAGGGGCGUGCUGAUAGAGGGAAUUGGAUGCAUACUGGCCGGGGCCUGGGGAUCUGGAAACGGAACUACGUCACACAGUUCAAACAUCGGGAUUAUUGCACUUACAAAAGUCGGCAGUCGGGUGGUUGUCCAAGCGGCGGGCUGUAUCUUGAUGUUCACCGGACUGCUUGGAAAGUUUAGUGCCUUCUUCGCAACUACACCAGAACCAAUCGUGGGGGGCGUCCUAUGCAUCGUAGUCAGUAUGGUUACAUCGGUGGGGUUGUCCAACCUCCAGUUUGUGGACCUCAACUCAUCCCGUAACCUCUUCAUUGUGGGCUUUUCUAUCCUGAUGGGCCUCGUGGUGCCUUAUUACCUCGAGCAAAACCCUGGAAUCUUGAAGACCGGUUUUACCGAGAUAGAUCAGAUAAUUUCGGUGAUGCUCACCACGGGCAUGUUUGUUGGUGGAUUUCUGGCGAUUCUACUGGACAACACCAUACCUGGUACCGACGAAGAACGGGGAAUUCAUUCCUGGCGGCAGCAUAUCACCUCUGACGCCGGGAACGAAGAAGAGGGGGCGGAACCAGAAACAGACAAAAACAGAGACGGAGGUGAAGGUCAAGACAUUGAGCUGGAUGUGAUGCAUGUUCCUGAUCAGCUGCAAGCGGACGUCAACGAGAAAGGCUCGUCGAUGCAGACCGCUUCGCCAGACAGCUACGACCUACCCUUGGUUAUGAGGUUCGUCCGACGUUGGGCCUGGUGCCGUUACCUGCCGUUCAGCCCGACUUUCCGGGGAUUCAAGUUCGGUUGGAUGAAAAAGAUAUGUAAGAAAAAAGAAUCGGUAGAUUAGAAUGGGACAGGUUUGAAAAAAGCCAAUAGAGUCACGCGUAUGCAGAGACUCUUGACAAUUUUUUUUAGCUCUUAAUUACACUUACGGAUUUUGGGAGGUCAAUUCUGUCUUCAUUUUGCAUAGGGAGAUGUAAAAGGAAGAAUCCUUUAUUAAACUUGUGUUAGGCUGAUUGUGACAAAUCAACACGUGUAUUCUAGCUUUAGUUUAUGAGUUGAUCACGUAAUGUUCAGUAUCAUUAUAAUAACCACACGUUACAGGUAAUAUUUUGUAUUCAUUAAACCUUUUAAACACUAUUCGAAGGAGGAGUCAUGUAUAGCUGCGGUGGCCCUAUGCUGUCGUUCUUGAGCUUGACGCGCGCGUCAUUUGGAAAGUAAAAGAAACCAUCAGCCUUGAGUCGAAGUGCACCCUCACUGGCAAAAGAAAGACAGGCUGGUACGAAGUUUUUCCAGCAGGUUCUUGCACGAGUUCAGUUCCAGAAUAAAUUUGUUGGCGUACAUAGCGUGCCCCGCGUCAACGCGCAUAGACCUGCGCGCCUAUAUGCGGUGAGUUCGUACCAAAAGGCUGUCGAUUUCAUUUAAAAAUACGCCCUCUUUUGUUCUCACUCGGAGCGGAUUUGUCAAAAAGACAUGUAACGCACGCGUAUCCAUGAGCGUUGUACUAUACCGCAGUAGUGGCUUCCAAUUCUGCUUGCCAAAUCGCACCAUACACUUUAGCCACCUUCCUAUUGAUCGAAAGCCCACCACAUAGCCGGUCUUACCGUGAAAAGCACUUGGCCAUACAUUGGGUGAUGCUGGACCUCUGACUGGACGAGAAUAGUCGGAAUCAUCGGGCCUAGUAUCCAGAGUACUGGCUGUGCGCCACCGUAUGCAGUACGCGCCGUGGGCGCACCAAUAUUAUAUGACUGCUUGCGAGAGAAAGUGGCUAGAGGGAUCUUGGGAAAAAAAGGAAGUAAACAGUUAAACAAAAUCGAUGGAAAUUGUAAUUUUAAAUGUAUUUUGACUUUCUGGCUCGAAAGGUAUAUGUUAUGAGCUUGGUUGGUCUAGUCUUAAAGCAACGUUUAAGAGCUCAGGAGAUCAGACGUUGAUAAUGCCCUCGCCUGCGGCUCGUCGUUUCUCGUAAAGCCCACGGCAUCAAACAAAUACUUGAGACCGGCCGAGCACAUUAUUCAUGAGCAUUAGUGAUGGUCUUCAUUGUAGCCCCUUUUUAGUUUAUAUUAAAAAUGAGUGUUUUUCUCCACCACGCCAAAUUUCUAUAUAGAAUACCUUAUUUUCUAGCUGUUCUUUUUUUUUGGGGGGGGGCUUCACAUAGAAACACCCAGAACAGCUUUCUUUUCUUUAGGAUUUCAUUUUUCAGUCAUACACUUAUAAACGUAUUGUUA